CAGAAACGUAUUCAUCCACUCGGGAUAGGGUGAGAAACGUAGUGAACCAUCGUUGUUUUCUAUUUGGGUUGGUGCAGAUGUCAUAUGGCCAGCCAUGCAUUUUAUCACAUUAUUUUUGUGGCGCGCGUCUGAGAAACGGUUUGAUGUGCCUAUUUCCUUUUUUUCCUGCAAUAGUUGUGGCAAUAUAAAACCCAAUAAAUUGCAAACACCGAGUUAUCAAGGUUUCUUCAUAUUAUUUCACCCUCCCCCACCUUUUGUGUUUUCAAUAUACUCGAUAUUUUCCAUAUUGCAAUUUUCGUGCUUCAUCUAUUAUCAUUUAUUUUUAUAUAACCUAUUCAGUACUCGUUCUUACUUUCUACCAGCCGCAAACUAAUAAACUAAAAAAGUAUCUUUCUUUUUAUUUUACUAUAAGUUUCCACGUAACCAUGUCUCCGGCAAUCAUGAAAGGCUCAACGUCAAGCUGAAAAAUGCGUUUUCCAAAUACAAACAUUCAGCAGGUAUUCGAUUAUUGGCACUGC